AUUUUUAAAUCUAAAAUUUUAUGAAAAUAAAAAUAAAAUCUAAAAUCAUUUUGUCUAUUGUAAAUUUAAUGUUUGCAAACUGUAUAUCUACUAUUCAACAAUGAAUCGUUUAAUAUUGACAUCUACGUUUACUAUGAUCGUAUUUGAAUUGAUCAUGGCCAUGGGCGAUAAUAAAUAUCAAUUAGGUGGUCCAAUUUUUGUAGAAGGUUCUAUGAAUGAUGUAAAUCAACGAUGGAAAUGUGCUGAUGUUAUUUCUAAUCCUAAUGCUGUUCGUGGAGAAUUGGCCAUUCGUAAAAUGAAAGGUGAUCAAAAAAUACGUCGAUUCAUUGAAAAUUGUAUCAAAUGGGGUGAUGGUUGGCGAUUCAAAAAGGAUGGCUCCACCGCAUACACACAUUUCGAUUCAAAUUCAAUACUGGAUCAAGAUGACGAUGUUAUUGGAUCCGAUAUACCGAUGAUGAUCAAUGAUUCUAAAGAAACAUCUAUAUCAACGACAAAAAUCAAACAACCAUCUAGUGCUGAUCGAAUAUUACUUUUACGAUUAUACAAAAAUUUGUUGAAACCAAAUUUCAAUGAUCGAUUAGCUUUGACGGUGGAUAAAAUUGACAACAAAAAUAAUCGAUAAAAAUUUAACCUUUUUGUUCUUAAAUCUCAUAGAAUUUUAAUGAAAAAAAAAUCUUAUCUGGUUCUAUUUAUCAAAGAUCUUAUAAGAUUU